UCCAACAUCCAAGUUUUUAUCCUCAUACACUUCAGGAAUGAAUGGUGUACGUAAAAAAGCUAGUUCUCGUCGCUUGAGCUCUAGAUCAAAAUUCAAAAAGAAGCCGAAAACAGUGCAAGGUUCUGAGGAGGAUGCGGGCAUAACCCGUUGCAUUUGCGGUUAUGAUCACGAUGACGGUCACAUGAUUUGUUGUGAUAGUUGUAAUGUUUGGCAACAUCUUGUCUGCGUCGGCAUUGAUCCCCUCAAUACCCCGAAGUUUUAUUAUUGCGAUAAAUGCAGCAAUCGAACUCUCGAUGUGGAAAGGGCUAAAAGAAUCCAAAGUUUAAAAGUAAAAGAGUUGCAUUCUUCUGAACUGCAAGAAAAAAAAUUAUUAAGGCUUGAUAGUAGUCAUUAUCCUUCUAACUUUAGUAGAUAUAAAAAGCGGCUUACAACUUUUAAUAAGGAUAAAGAAAUUCUUUUAGAUGAUGAGUGUCCCUUGCAAAGUAAAAAAAAGCAUAAAGAGUUUAGCUCAUCCGUUAGGAAUAAAAGCAUAGAGCAUAAAAGGCGUGAACGAUUAAAAAAAUCUCAUAAUCUUGAUGCCUCUCUCGACUCCUGUUUGUACUUAAGUCCGAAAAGUUCAUUGUUUUUAAACGAGAGUUAUCGAGAAAUCUACUCUGCUAUGUUUGCGGAAUCCGCUUAUUAUAACCGUUUUUAUACUCCCCUUUCUGUAUGUCUUACAAGUGAAGCUAUUAGAGCUCACUUAAAAGCUGCAGACGAAAGUGAUUUCUUUUUGGACCAUUCCAGUCGGCUUGAGUAUUCCCCUAUAGACGUUGGUUAUAAGUAUGCCGGGACCUCCUUACUAUACAAAUCCCUGGCAGCUGCCGCUCCUUUUGAACCGGUUGUCAAAGGUGCUUUGCCUCAGUUGAACAAUUUUAAAAAAGUUUUAGUUUUGGAGGCUGAAAGUGUCGAUAAAAAUCAGUUUCUUACGGAAUUUAUUGGUGAAUGGCGAUUCAUAACUGAUUUUGAUGCUGAGUGGAAAAAAGAUUCUUCCUUGUACCAACGCAGCAGAUUCCGAUGUCCCUUUGUUUUAUACAGGCCCAUGCUAGGUCUUUGCAUAGAUGCCAGUAGGUAUGGGUCCGUGGCCAGGUACGUUCGGCGGAGUUGCCGUCCCAAUGCUGAGGUCCGCGAGUUUUAUAAAAAAGAAAUGAAUGGCGAUAGAGGGGAGGUGUGUGUGGGUUUAUUUUCUUUAAAGCCUAUUGCUAAAGGCGAGGAGAUUACGAUAGAUUUUGACUAUGACUAUUACGAUACGGCUUACAGCGUUUAUUGCUCAUGCGAUUUUGACACCUGCAUAAUCCCGUUUACAGCCCCACGGAAGGCUUCACUUUCUGCAGUCUCAAAUUCUGCUUUAUUAAAUUUAGGCGAUGAUCAGAAGAUUCUACAAAAGGACUUUGUUAGUCCAGAGUUAUUGAAAGAAACGCGUUUUGCGGCCUCUUGCGAGCUUUCUUCACAGUCGACUGUCGCAGUACUCUCGCAGGAAAAGCAACUCAUUCGUUAUGGAAAGAAGCUUUGGAUAUACGAAUAUCUCAAAGAAUUGCAGGAGAACUGCGCCAGCCGGCAGUUUGUACUGGGAAGUUUUGAUGCUGCGGUCUCUGGGAUUAACAAAAAUAGUUACUUAGGUAUCACUAAGGGAUGCACAAACAUGGCUUCUAUUACAACUGUUGGUCUUGUUAAUAAUGACGAAGAUAAGAUUAAUAAUAAUUCCAGUAAUAAUGAUAUUGAUAAUAAUUCCAAUAAUAAUAGUUAUAAUAAUACAUAUAACGACAAACUCGACGCUCCAGCUUUCCUUGGGAAAACGCAUGCAGUACCCCCACAAUCUGCUCCUGUUAGCGAUAAGACCAACAUUCCACUCGUAAAAGAAAAAGAUGGUGGCGAUGAGUGUUUAAGGAAACUCGUACCUGAUACCACCACCGUCACCCCCCACGUGACGUUGAACCAUUCCUUACAUCCGCCUAUUACCGACACUUUGCAGGAGGGUAGGUGUAAUGAGAGAGGAACUGAUACACAAGUAAAUACAUCCGUCGGUGACGGUAGCUUAGAAAAGAAAAAUGGUAAACGGCGAGUUAUUUCUUUGAAGGAUUAUACUAAUAGGAUUAAAAAGUUACAUGGCGCUGAAUCAGAAGCCUCUAAAAGAGAAUUAACGUUUUCUUGCAAUCAACUUCAGACCACAAUCCCUUUAAUUUCGGACAGCGUCGUAGAGGAUCCUUGUCGACUCGCCUCCAUUUGAUAGUUAAUAAUCGCUAUAGUACGUGUGCAUGCGCAUGUUCAGGUGUUUAUUGCUAUAUGAAAGCGCUACUUCCUUACGUGUAUAUAGUACUGGUUUUGCACCAGCCUUGAAAAUGGUGAGCACGUGGUCCCCCGUCCGCUGCUUAAAAUUCU